AUGUCUGCAAGAGACAAGCUGAAUUUUGGUAAAGAUGGAGUGAGUAAAUUGCCUCCAGGAUUUCGGUUCGAGCCGACUGAUGAAGAGAUAGUUUUCCAGUACUUGGCGCGUAAAAUAUUUUCAUAUCCUUUGCCAGCUUCAGUCAUUCCAGAAAUCAGCAUUUGCAAAUUUGAUCCGUGGGAAUUGCCAGGUGAUUCGGACCAGGACAAGUACUUGUUCAGCAACAAGGAAAAUGGAAAUCCAAUGAGCCGAGAGACUAGUGGUGGUUACUGGAAGGCGAUUGGGUUAGACAAACAAAUAAUGAGUUCGAAUUGGACGCCAAUAGUGGGAAUUAAGAGGACGUUCGUAUUCUAUGAGGGAAAGAACUCGCAAACUAAUUCAAGAACUGAUUGGCUCAUGCACGAAUAUCACAUUGCCCGGACAAAUUCUCAGGAUUCCUUGACCCAAAUUGGAAAUUGGGUUUUGUGUCAUAUAUUUUUUUACAAAAGAAGAAACCAUGCUGAUGGCAUUGGUGGGUGCAGUUCACAUGAGUUCACGACGGUCGAAACAUUGUCGGAGGAUUCGGAUUCUUCUUCUUCCUCUUCUUCAUCCUCGUCUUCAUAUUCCGAUUCUAGUGUUCUUACUGAGGUCUCUUCAAAUUCUUCCUGUGAUGACUACAAUGCAUAA